GAAUGUUACAAAAUUGAUUUUAUUUAUUUUUUAUUUUUAUAUUUAUUUAUUAUUUAACUUGUUUUCUAGCAUUACAAUUUUAGAAUAAAUUUAUAUCAGGGUUUAACGCAUAACAUAAAUAAUGAAUUUAAAAUUCGUUGCAUGUUUAAUUUAUUUUCUUUGGAUUCAGUUAUUUUUAAGUCGGUAUAUUUAAUGCAUAAAUUUUUUAUUUCCAUUUGUUACCGUAAAUAUUAAAAAUUGUAGUUUUAGCUGAAAAAGAAAUUGAUUUCUUUACUUUAUAGCACUUUAAAGUAUGUGCAAACUCUUUUUCAUGGAACACUACAAAUCCUAUUAUGGGUUGUUCUCUAUCUAAAGAAAACGAGACAUACAAAAAAGAAAAUGAUAAAAUAUACCCUGAAAUCUGUUUUGAAUCAAAAAGUGUCUUUACAGAUAUAGAAAAAGGACUUGUAGAACAAAACGAAAGCACACCUAAAUAUAAAACAAAAAUUGAUUCUAGAGUUUCUGCAAAAUAUAAUAUUAAAGCACUUAUUGGUAAAGGCACAUUUAGUGAUGUACUGAGAGUUGAAAGUAAAACUUCUAAAGAGCCAUAUGCAAUUAAAGUUGUACAUAUUCAAAAUAAAGAAUCUAAAGAACUAAUAGAAUCUGAGCUAGAAGUACUAAAUAAAAUUUUACAUAGGUUCAUCAUAAAGUUACAUGAGGUUAUCAUUUCAAAUAAAAUUACAUACUUAGUUAUGGAGUUAGCAACUGGAGGUGAACUUUAUGAUCGAAUUAGGAGCUAUGGUUAUUUAGAUGAAAAAAUGGCUUGUAAUAUUACUCAAAUGCUUGUAGAAGGAAUAGAGUAUUUGCAUUAUAGUGGGAUUACACAUAGAGACUUAAAGCCUGAGAAUAUUUUAUUUUAUCACCCUGGAGUAAAUUCUAAAAUACUAAUUACAGACUUUGGUUUUGCAAAGUACAAGGAAAUAGAAAUACUUGAUCAGAAUCCAUUAACAACAUGGUGCGGUACACCUGAGUAUAUUGCACCAGAACUUCUUCAAAAGAAACCUUAUGGAACAAAGGUAGAUAUGUGGUCAUUAGGUGUUAUAGUUUAUGUUAUGUUAAGUGGACAUCUUCCUUUUAAUGCAGAUAGUACACCAAAACUUUUUAGUCAUAUUAUGUCAGGAACAUAUUCAUAUACUAGAGAGGUCUGGUCAACUGUUUCUCAAUCAUCUAAAAACUUUAUCGAUCAAUUACUAUGUGUAGAUCCAGUUAAGCGAUAUGAUGCUACUGCAGCUUCCAAUCAUAGUUGGAUGUCAUCAUUUCCUGCAUUGUAUAAACCAAAAUCAUUUCGGCAUUCUCAAACGAGUGCGUCGAAACUAAAAACGAAAACUUCAUAUAAGUUUAGAGAGGAUUCAACACCAUAUUUUCGCAAACUAUCAACUGAUCAACACCUGCCUGAAAAUGAUAGAGCAAAAUUUGAAAUGUCUGUAAUAAAUAAUUCUUUAAAUUCCAGUUUGAAACAAAAAAAUGGUCUUAUACUUCCUGUUUCAGGUGCUUUUCAUGACAAAGUGAUUACUAAAGAAAAAAUAUUAGAUGAUGUUAGUUCAAUGUCUCCCAGCAACAUAGAUUCUGUGAUAGCCACAGAGGAUACAAACUCUAGCCCAAGUAAUCUUGGUUUACUUCAUGAAUAUUUUGACCAAUUCAACUCAACCGAUGAUCCUGUGAUAAGGGAACAAAUCAGAAGUAAGUAUUUAAAUUCACUUUUAACUAAAACUGAUGUAACAGUACCUGUCCAAUCUGUAAAGAAAACUAAUGACUCCCGUAGUUUUUUACGUCGAAAUAGCAAGAAGGAGCAACGUAUUCAAGAACAGUUUGCUAAUAUUAAUGAAGAUUCAGAAGAUGAAGAAGAUUUGUCUAAUAAUUCUAAUCAUUUGAAGUUUAUAAAGCGGGAUUCGACUUUCUCUAAAAAAACAGAAGUUUCUUCGAAUUCUUUAAAAUCGCCCUAUAUUCCUGUAGAAACUAUUAAUGCAGGUUAUAUUGAAAAGGUUGGGGUAUGGUUAAGUGGACAAAAUGAAGACACUACAGAUAUUUCCCACCAGAAAUAUAAAUCUACAGAGCUUAAUUUGUUUUCCACAAGGCGAACAUCUUCUGCACGAAGUAAUUUAACAUUGAGUGAUCAUUCUAAUCAAAGUAGUGCUUUUAGUAGAUUUCUUCUUCCAGGUUCAUCAUUUAAACAAAAUUUAAAAAACCCAGAAAUAUCUUUCAUAGAUAGAAAUUAUAUGACUUUUUUAUCAGAAGCUUAAAACUAAGUUUGACCUGCGUAAGUCUAAUAUAUUUUGUUAACCAUUUUAAAAUUUUGAAAUUUUGUUAUUUUCAAAAAAUUACCAGUUAAAACUUCAAAGGUUUUUAUUUAAUUACAUUUUAAAGUAGAAUGAAAGAAUACUAACAAAAUAAGGUGAACAAAAUUAUCCUCUAAAAAUGAACCAAUAGAGAAUUUAUAAAGCUAGCAUUAUUUUUAUGCUAUCACGUUAUGCUUACUACAAUAACAUAAAUAUGAAACAAUUGUUUCAUAUUUAUCUUUUUGUAAUUAUUUAAGAAUGUACAAUUUUGUAUUUAUAUAC